AUGGCGAUGGGGACAGGGAGAUCGUCCAAGGCGCUUCACAAUUUUACGAUGCCCUUCGAGCUCCGGUGGGGGAACCAAAAACAGAUGCGCUGCACCAAGGUCAACUCCGGCGGCCACAACCACCCUCCCCGUCGAUUUGCGCCGCUCGAUUCGCAUCGCCGCCGCCGCCGCGAGGAUUCCGUGCAACACCCCCGCUUCGGCUCGGAGGAGGAAAGGGGAAGAAAGAGUGGCUCGCCGUUCGAUUUUGCGCGUGGAUCUUACAAAUCGAGUCGCUCUCCGCCGCCCCUGGCGCCGGGUGGCGGCAGGGGAUUCAGCGACUGCGGUGACGAUGGGAUCUCAGCCGUGAGGGAGAAACUGAUGUUCGAUCUCCAGACCGCCGCGGAGAGGAUGAAGGACGCGGUUUUCAGGGAUGGUUUUGUGAAAGGCGAAGCCUCCUCCUCUCCGCCUCCGCUGCCGCUGCCGCCGCCGCUUCCGGCGACCCCAAUGGAAGAAAUCGAAGAGGAUUUCUACGGGAUAGUGGGUCACCGGCCGGCGCGGAGGCCCAAAAAGAGGGCAAGAAUUGUUCAGAGACAAUUGGAUACAUUGUUUCCUGGGCUGUGGUUGAGAGAGGUUACAGCCGAUAUGUACAAAAUCGAUGAAGCUGCUCCAUGA